GCGUUGUACACCCAUGAAUCCAAUGAUUCAUUAGUUUUAAACUUUGAGCAAGGAGACUACCUCGACGUUAACAAGAAGCUUCCCACUGGCUGGUGGCAAGGAAGCUGCAACGGGACGGCAGGCUGGUUUCCUCGAAAUUAUGUUGCCGUUGUCGAUCGGGCCAGUACCCCGGAGUAUGAACAGACCAAAGACCUGACUGACCUGAUUGAAGACCAACUGUUCGGCGAAUGUCUGACGAGUGCACAACCUACUUCACCGCUUCCAAAGCAUUGGACAUUGCAAACCACAAAAGAUGGAAAACGUCAUUACUACUAUAACCGGUUUACGGGUGAAAUGAGGCCCACUUUGCCCGAUGCUGAAGAUGCCAAUAUCAAUCUUUUUGACGAUUAC